CCCCGGACCGGGGACGAGUCGUCGGAGAGCGAGAACGAAACUGAACCGGCCAAAAUCUUCCACCGGAAAUUGUCAACCAAGAAGGAUGUAAAGUCCGCGGCCGCCAUCAAGGAGGGCUACCUAAUGAAGCAGACCUGGUCGUUCCAGCGCUGGCGUCGGCGAUACUUUCGGCUCAAGGGACACAAGCUGUACUACGCCAAGGACAGCAAGAGUGAGCUUUUCGAUGAAAUCGACCUCUCGAACCUAUGCUUUGCCGAGUGCAGCACGAAAAAUGCUAAUCACAGCUUCCAGCUAAUUACACCGACACGGUCGCUAGUUCUGGGCGCUGAAUCACGCCGCGAGAUGGAGGACUGGCUGCAAGCCCUGAAAGCUGCCUCGGCCCGGGAGUUCUUCGAGCCGGGACCGCCGGACCAGCACGAUUUCCUGUCUGGGCACCAUCACUGGUACGCAACGUCCCAUGCGCGCCCCACGUACUGCAACGUCUGCCGCGAAGCCCUGUCCGGCGUCACGUCCCACGGGUUGUCCUGUGAGGUGUGCAAGUGUAAGGUUCACAAACGCUGCGCCGCCAAGGCCAUCUCGAACUGCAAAUGGACCACGCUGGCCAGCGUCGGGAAGGACAUUAUCGAGGAGUGCGAUGGCAACCUCGUGAUGCCCCACCAGUGGAUGGAAGGUAACCUGCCGGUGUCGUCGAAGUGCAUGGUAUGCGACAAAACGUGCGGCUCCGUGUUGCGGCUGCAGGAUUGGCGCUGCCUUUGGUGCCGGUCCACGGUGCACACGGCCUGCCGCCCGAGCGCUCCCGCCUCCUGCCCCCUUGGGCCGGCCCGCGUGUCGAUGGUGCCGCCGACGUCGCUCCACUCGAUCGGGCUGGACGAGGCGUGGGACGUGUGCAAACCGCACGGCAGCUUCUCGCCGCUGCUCGUCUUCGUCAACUCCAAGUCCGGCGACAACCAGGGCGUCAAGUUUCUGCGCCGCUUCAAGCAACUGCUCAACCCGGCCCAGGUGUUCGAUCUCAUCUCGAGCGGGCCCGGCCUCGGGUUGCGGCUGUUCCGGCACUUCGAUCCCUUCCGCAUACUGAUCUGCUCGGGCGAUGGGUCGGUCGGCUGGGUGCUCAGCGAGAUUGACCACCUGAAGAUGCAGAAACAAUGCCAAAUAGCGGUGCUUCCGCUGGGCACCGGAAACGAUCUGGCGCGAGUGCUCGGCUGGGGAAGUUCCUGCGACGAUGACGCACACCUACCGCAGCUGCUGGAACGCUACGAGAAGGCCAGCACCAAAAUGCUCGACAGAUGGAGCGUUAUGGUUUUCGAGCGCGACAUCGGCAUCGCUACCACGCGCACCCCCAAGAUGUCCAUCUCGCACUACCCGGACCCGCUGCUGUCGCAGUACGAGGACAGUGCCCUGUGGCAUCUGCAGUCAAUUGUCUACAACGAAGACACCCAGAUGAUGCUACAGUCGACGCGGAUACUGUGCGAAACGGUCAAUGACUUUAUCGGUAGGGUAAGGGAAACUAGCUCCGACGAGGAGCAAUUAAGCGUCAAAUGUGAUAUUUUAAGACAAAAGUUAGGAAUGUUAUUAGAUACACUGAAGGACGAGGAAGCUGGUCUUCACGGGGACGACGAAUUAUUUAGAACACUGAAAGAAAUUGCUCAAAAAAGUGCCUCAGAAAGACCAAUAGAUACAAAAACCAUAGAGAAAAACGAGAAGGAUAAGCUGAAUUCCAAAGAGCGCAUCAGUAGACUAGACCGCCGUUCGGAGAAGGAAGCAGUGCUGUGUCGGGCCAGCAGCCUCAAGCGGGCCAUCCACGACGUACUGGAGCUGAGCGAGAAGUCCAUGCCGUACGCACCGCAGAAGCGUUUAUCCGUUCCGAUGAACACCCUGCGAGCCACCGCUUCGUCGUCGGAGAACUCGACCAGCGCAUCACCGGCUACGUUGCCACCGCCGGGCACCAUCUCGCCGUCGGUGUCCACGUCGCGGUUGACCUGCAUAUCCCCAUUGCCGGACAUGCGUCGCGACUCGAUGGAUGAGCAUUUCUUCAGCACCCUGAACCUGCCCGUUCCGAAGCAGUUCGCCGACGGCGGCAGUCGCCGCAGCUCCGGCGUUCCCGAGUCCUAUCGCAUCUCGAGCAUCGAAGAGCUGGAGGAGAACAGUAUCCACACGGAGCCGCUACGGCUGGCGGGCGAGCCGCCAAUUCUGGAGCCACCGACGGAGGCCGAGUCGGAGAACGCGACCGACCGCGAGCACGGCAAGGAUGCGGACGAUACGUUGAACCAGCGGUCGUCGGCGACGACCACGUCCGACUCGCAGUCCACCACCGCACCGUACGACUUUUCCUUCGAGUCCGACACGAAGACCGUCAAGUUUGAUCUCGACCCGAACAGCGCGUUCGAGCGGCUCGGCUUCAAACCGUUCAAGAAGACCAUCGAACAGCACCACCACCAGCAGCAGCAGCAACAUUUCCACCAGUUACAGGCGACUGGCGACCAUCAGCCAUUCCGGACAGACGGGGCCGGUGGGGGUUACCUGCAGUUUCAACCGAUCGAGGUGUACGAGCGGAACUACUACCGUACCCAUCCGCAGCGGGUCACGGUGGCCAAGGGUUCGGUGGUGGCCAGCGCCCCGGAGGUGCUCUCGACCUCGAAGCCUUGCUCCUCCAACAUGCUGCAGGUGCCAACCAUCUGCAUUCCCAGCCUCGAGAAGCCGCCGGAAAACAUUUACUUCAGUGAAAACAUUACCAUCAUCGACACGGACCUGCCGGAGCGUUCCUCGUCCGACGAAGUGCCCGGCGAUGGCAGUGAUAUUCUAUCAGCAAUAAGCAACGAAGAAUGUAGCGUUACGUCGGAGAUACUCGACAGACAAUCAGACAACAACUCUCAAAUACACGUCGGUGAUAUUAUACAGGAUCUAGACAACGACCGUUUUAGCCAUAUCGAUUCGCCCGAAACCAGCGACACGACGGAGGCCCUGCACGGCGAGAGUCUCAUGGACGACAUCAGCUCGGUGCUGGGACAGGACUUGCUGGGCGCGCUGCAGGACAACACAAUCACCGAGGACACGACCACGCUCUGUACGCUCGAUCACACGCGCCGUCGGAGCUUCAAGUGUAAGUCGGCGCCGCCCCGAAAGGACGGCGCCGAGCUGGACCAGUGCGGGUUCGAGAACCGGGUGUUCGAUAUCGACAACCGGUGCGACGAUCAGAAGGUGAAGGAACCGCGCUUCUGCAGCCUGGCCAAGUUCGUGGAAGGGAACGAUAUCGCGCGCAAAAGCUUCAAACGGGCGCACCGAGGCCGCACCGCCGGCUUCACCAACCGGCUGUCGGUGGGCGAGAACGAGUACGAGAACAUCAAGUCGUUCGCUCGCCAUCUGCUGCCCGGCCACGGUUCACCGUCGGACGUGUCGGUCUCGGAAACGGACACGGUGCGCUUGUCUGGGUUCGAGUACAAGAAGUUGGUGUCGGUGGCGAACGCCGAGGACGAAGCCGACAGUCUCCCGGACGACGAUCUCGGGGACCGAUCGUCGAGCGAUAUCGACGAGCAGCGGGCGGGCGACGGAGACGACGCUGCACACCGUGGUGAGGAAGCGGACGGGGAGGAUGACGAUGACGAGGAUGACGAAAAGGUGGAGGAAAACGAGCACGGCAAGGACGAUCGGAGCGAGAAAAGCAUCCGGAUGCCGGGUAUACCGACGAUCAACGUGGUGGUGGAACCGCCGUCACCGGCCAUCAGCGAUGAGUUGCGGUCACUGCGUGUGCCAGAAAUCCGGCGCCACUCGGAGCACACCCCGAACCUGCUGACGGCGCGCGAAGUCGACAUCAAUCGGCGCCACUCGAACAACAACCCGAACCUGCUCGGGUUCGAUUCCGAGCAUAUCCGCUUCCUGAACUGCUCGCCGGCCGCAUCGAGGCGCAUCAGCAGCGGCAGCCUGCUGUUCAAGCCGGAGGGUCUCGAGAGCUCCAAAAGCAACAUCUUCAGCUCGAACAUGGGACUGUUCAACCUCGAACGCGAUUCCGAGUCCAAGGACGACAAGAAGAAGGACGAGAAGGAGGACCGGGUGAAGAAGCUACCGAUCAUCAAUCCGCUGGUGCGGCUCCCGUCGUGGCCAAAUGUCAGCAGUGGUACGGGAUUCAUCUCCAAGUGUUUGCUGGCGAACGCCGACACCCUGUGUGCCGCCGUCAGCCCGCUGAUGGACCCGGACGAAACGCUCCUCGAGGGGUACUACGAGAAGGCGGUUAUGAACAACUACUUCGGCAUCGGGAUCGAUGCGAAGAUUUCGCUCGACUUCCACAACAAGCGCGAGGAGCACCCGGAAAAGUGUCGAUCGCGGGCCAAGAACUACAUGUGGUACGGAGUGCUCGGUUCGAAGCAGUGGCUGCAGAAGACGUACAAGAACCUGGAGCAGAAGGUGCAGCUCGAGUGCGACGGCCAGCGCAUACCGCUGCCAUCGCUGCAGGGCAUCGUGGUGCUCAACAUCCCCAGCUUCAUGGGCGGCACCAACUUCUGGGGCAGCAAGAAGGAGGACGACUGCUUCCUGGCGCAAAGCUUCGACGAUCGCAUCCUGGAGGUGGUGGCGGUCUUCGGGUCCGUGCAGAUGGCCGCCUCGCGGCUCAUCAACCUCCAGCACCACCGGAUAGCGCAGUGUCAGUGUGUGCAGAUCAACAUACUGGGCGAAGAAUGCGUACCGAUUCAGGUCGACGGCGAAGCGUGGCUACAGCCACCCGGUAUGAUACGGAUCAUCCACAAGAACCGCACCCAGAUGCUGUGCCGCAACCGUAGCCUGGAGGUAUCGCUCAAGAGCUGGCAGGAGAAGCAGCGCCAACACAGCAUCAGCAUUGCCCGGGACCAGCCGUCGACGGCGUCCGAGCACCACGUGGCACCGUCGGAGGACAUGUUCUCCGAGCGCGAAACCUACCUGCUGCUGAACUUUAUCGAGUGCGUGAGCACGCUGGUGAAGUGGGUGAAGUUCCUCAUCAUCUCGCAUCCCUCGCUGCAACCGAACCUGUACGCCGUGGCCUCGAAAACGGCCGACGCCCUGGAGUCCAUUCAUCCGGGUGGCAAAAUCAUCGAAGGACCCAAUCUUCGCCGUCAACUCACCGAACUGGUACGCUGCGCGAGACAGCUGUACGGAGAUACGUGCGAGCUGCUGAGGGAACGCAGCCACAGCCUGAUCUUGCGCGAGGAUCUGGAAACGAAGCUGAGCGUAUCGCUGGCAAACAUGGAGAUGGAGCUGAACAAGUGCACGCUGCAGGAGGCUUCGGACACCGGUGAAACGAAGGUGUACCUGAACGUGCUGGCCCCGAACGAGGAGAUCGAUCACCGUAAGAAGCAGAAACCGUUCUGGUUGCGGUUCCGCAGUGGCCACGGUCAUGGUCAUGGUCCGGCGGCUGCAGGAGCCGUGCCCAAGACGGCUUCCACUUCCCGUGAGACGGUCAGCAACUGGGGUGUCGGUGAGGUCGUGACCUGGCUGGAAGCGAUGCAACUUGCCGAGUACGUGGAUAGCUUCAUCAAGAACGACAUCCGUGGGAAGGAACUGCUAACGCUGGCACGGCGCGAUCUGAAGGACCUCGGCGUUACCAAGGUCGGUCACGUGAAGCGCAUUUUGCAAGCAAUCAAAGACUUGGGAACCGGAUAG